AUGAAUAAACUUAAAAAAGUACUUACAGUUGUUAAAAACAAUAAUUUUUACUUGGGAAUAGGUUUCGACUCUCUCCAAGAACCUGACGUACAAUCCAUUCAGGUUGACAACUCGGCUAACGCUGUCAAAAUCCCGGACCAGGCCUCGACAACCGAGCGUCCAUCAGUAUCGGCUGACCAGAGUGGCUCCAGCUCUCGCUUUGCAAAGGUCAAGGAUGAUGACCUACAACAAAUCAUUGAUGGAUCUUUAUCAAAGGCGACCAACAGAAAUACCGUCUGGGGUGUGAAACUGUUCCGGGAGUGGCUCCAAGAGAGGGGGUAUCCUUCCGAUUUUGAGAAUUUUGAUGCUCAAGCACUCAACACCUAUCUUCGUUCAUUCUACGCUGAAGUGAGGAAUGGUCGUGGCGAAAUGUAUUCGAAGUCUACAUUCGUCGGACUGCGGGCGGCCAUCAAUCGCCAUUUGCGUUCUCCUCCAUAUGAACGUGACAUUAAUAUUAUGAACGACAAAGAUUUCCAUACAACAAACAAUGUUUUCAUUUCUAUGGUCAGAAAAAUGAAAAAGGAGGGCCUAGAUAAAACUAAACAUCACGCUGCAAUCCCCGCGACCGAGCUGGCAAUGAUCCGAGAAAGUUUUGAUUUGUCUUUACCAGUCGGCCUAUUCAAUAAAGUAUGGUUUGACAUAACUCUUGGAUUCGCCCGUCGGGGCAAUGAAAACCAGGCAUCACUUCGCUCGUCGUCUUUUCAGGUCUCCGUUGACGAAGAUGGCUGUGAAUAUAUUGAAAUGACACACUAG